AUGAAAGGCUGUUGCGUUAUUAAAGUAAAAGACUUUCUGAGUCAAAGCAAAGGCAGCAAAGCCGGAACCGGAACUUCCGAUCUAGAAGAUGGUGCAGGUGUCAACGAUCCCAAUCGUGGCCACGAAGCGGGUUCCGAAUGCUGCGCUCUGAGCAACAACCACACUGACAUAAAUGAUGAAGCAGAAUACCAAGAAUCUUCCAGCUCUGAAAUGCCUUGGAAGCAAGUACAAUCGAUAUUCAGUGAAUACCUCCAAGCUCGAGACGAGUUUUCAUCAGAAAAUGGAAGCGGCACCCCAGAUGGGAAUGACGAAAACGCAUGUGAUCAUGAUCCUCGUCUUCUACCAUACAGAACUAAGGCUGAAAGUGCAUGGUCAUCAAUAAACUUCCAUUGUAAGAGACCAGCGAUAGACAUAGACCUGGUGAGGGGUGCAAUGACCUUUUCGCAUAAGCCCACUCUGUACGAUUUCACUUGUCGAUCUUGGGAGUAUGAAAGGUUCAAAGAGAGAGAGGAAGUGGAGGUACAAACGAGUGAACGAUAUUGGAGACUUUCCGGUACCCCUAAGAUUAUGAUGACUUAUCCAGGUCAUAUAGACGGUGAACUGAAGAGUAAGCUGAACAGUAAACGAAUGGAGUUGCAAGCUACUUACCAUAGUCAGGAUAUGCUAAUCAGGAAGUUUAGAGAGGAGAAUGGACGGUGA